GAGGGAGAGAGAGAGAGAAAGAGAGAGAGAGAAAGAGAGAGAAAGAGAGAAAGAGAGAGAGAGACAAAAAAGAUGAACGUAAACGGUAACGUCGGUUCUCAGGAGGGUGGCAAUGGUAACGAUUAUGGUGUUAGUAACGAAGAAACAGCCGCCCUUCUAAGUAGGGCACCACCCCCGCCGGUGGUGGUUGCCGCGGCGUCUCAGGGCAAGCCGGUGCUAACGCGACAGAAUAGAGCAACUUUUUUGGUUGCUUCGCCGCAACUGUCAGUGUCUGGACUCGGCGGCUCCGAGGAGAGCGGCACCACCGAAGAUCCGGCAACAAGAUCUGUACCCGACAUCGAAUUACAUUGUCGUUUGGAUGGUGAAUUUCAACAACAAUCUCAGCAACAGCUUCAACAACAAUCUCAGCAACAGCUUCAACAACAACAACAACAACAACAACAGCAACAACAGCAACAACAGCAACAGCAGUUGCAACAAUCGAUCGUACCACCUACGAUCUAUCGAUCCAGACAAGUGUCUCAUCAAUAUAAUCGCUGUCGAUGCGAUCGAAGGGACUCUCUCGCACCCUCCUCUGCUCUACAUUUGGCACGCAGUGUUUCGAGAGAGAGCGUAAAGAGCGGACAUCAUUGCUGUCCUUGUCAAGCUCCACCACCACCGGUUCUUGUAACAACGUCGCCAAGUGCACGGAUAAUUCGACAAAGUUCUCAACCAGAGGCGUCGGCCUGCUGUUGUUCCGGAUGUUGUUGCAACUUACAUGCUGGAAUCGCACCGAGUGCUGCCUCUCUGCGGCAGUUACGCGAGCCCGGCGACGGAAUCGCUGGCAUAGCUGCGGAUUCAUUGAGAAUCAACGGUGGGAUACGACAAUUCCGACAGUUUCCCUGGUGGUGCAAAUCGUCAUCGUCAUCAAUGGCGACGACGCCUCCCCCGCCAACGGCUAUGAUGCCCGCUUCCGCUUCCGGUUCCGGCUCCGGUACUCAGGGCGUCGUACUCUGUCCACGUACGCUGUCUCAGGUUCGACGAUCACGACUACGCAGAGCCCUCACCGAGGCUACCGCAGAGACCGUCGGCUACGUCAAGACGUUGCGGAAGCCAGUGUCGACACUCUCGAUUCCGGGUGCGAUGAAGAACAGCGGUGGAAGUGCUGGUGGUGGUGGUGGUGGUGGUGGUGGUGGUGUUGGAGGUGUCGGAAGUGGAGUAGGUAGCAGUGGUGGUGGAGGAGGAGGGGGUAUAGGAGGUGCAGGUUGCGGAAGUGCCGGAGCUGCAAAUGCGGGCGAAGAUGCUGGAAUCGCACUCGUUGGUGUUCACAGCGAAUAUCCACGUUACGUCGACGAAAGGAUGUUAGGAGGGGGUGGCCCUAUGAAGGGACCCUCAGGUAGUAUCGGACCUGGCUCCAAACAUAAACCGAACGUCGGUUAUCGUCUCGGAAGACGGAAGGCACUCUUCGAAAAACGCAAACGCAUAAGCGAUUAUGCACUCGUUAUGGGAAUGUUCGGCAUCAUUGUCAUGGUCAUCGAAAACGAACUCUCCAGCGCCGGUGUUUACGGAAAGGCCUCGUUUUACUCGACAGCACUGAAAACCUUGAUCUCCGUGUCUACUGUGAUACUGCUUGGCCUCAUAUUUGCUUACCAUGCCUUAGAAGUUCAGUUGUUCAUGAUCGAUAACUGCGCGGACGAUUGGAGGAUCGCUAUGACCUGGCAGCGGAUCUCCCAGAUUUCGGUUGAGUUGCUGAUCUGUGCGAUCCAUCCGAUACCCGGGGAGUAUUAUUUCCUAUGGACGACCAAGUUGGCGAACAAGGGCGGCGACAUUGGCUCCAAGUGGGUACCGUACGACGUCACCCUCUCGCUACCGAUGUUCCUUAGACUCUACCUCAUCUGCCGGGUGAUGUUGCUGCAUUCGAAGCUCUUCACCGAUGCAUCCUCGCGCAGCAUAGGAGCCUUGAAUCGCAUUAACUUCAACACACGUUUCGUCUUGAAAACUUUGAUGACCAUUUGUCCGGGUACCGUGCUAUUGGUCUUCAUGGUCUCCUUAUGGAUCAUUGCCUCGUGGACAUUGCGACAGUGCGAAAGAUUCCACGACGAGGAACAUGCGAAUCUUCUCAACGCCAUGUGGUUGAUUGCCAUCACGUUUCUCAGCGUUGGUUUCGGUGACAUCGUACCGAACACGUAUUGCGGUCGAGGGAUAGCAGUUUCCACCGGAAUGAUGGGUGCAGGUUGUACGGCUUUGCUCGUCGCUGUUGUUUCCAGGAAACUGGAACUUACAAGGGCGGAGAAGCACGUUCACAACUUCAUGAUGGACACGCAGCUAACGAAAAGGUUGAAGAACGCCGCAGCAAACGUGUUACGAGAAACGUGGUUGAUCUAUAAGCACACACGCCUAGUGAAACGCGUCAAUCCUGGCCGUGUUCGAACGCAUCAACGAAAGUUUCUACUGGCAAUAUACGCACUGAGAAAAGUGAAAAUGGAUCAACGAAAGUUAAUGGACAACGCCAACACGAUAACGGACAUGGCCAAGACGCAGAACACGGUCUACGAGAUAGUCUCGGAUAUGAGCACGCGACAGGACGGGCUAGAGGAGCGACUUGUGAGCCUGGAGGAUCGGCUGGUCGGGCUGGAGGAGAAACUGAGCACGUUGCAGAGCCAAUUGGAGAUGCUGCCGGAGGAGCUGACGCGGUGCCUAGCGCAACAUGCCGAGCGUAUGGAGCAGAGACGCAACUUCCUGCACCCGGACACGGCGGUGGCGAUGGCGUCUUCCGGCGGUGCCGGUGGUGGCGUCUCCGCCGGUAACAGCCUCGGUUUGGGCAUGUCCCAUGGCGUUUUGGCUGGCGGCAACGCCUCCGGUCAUCAUCCCUUGGCGAAUUUAGCGAACUCGCCGUCCCUCCUGCCACAUUCGAGGAGCGUACCCAGCGGACCGAGUGCACCAAGCACCAUGUCUCUUCAUCCUUGGCCGGUGAGUCCGGUUCUACCACCUGUGUCUAGUCGUACGCCUCAUCUCGUCCCGGAGACUGGUCGACAUCACGUCCACUCUACCGUCGUCGCUACGAUCCCGAGCAGCACGCUGACGGCGGCACCAACAGCGACGGCGGCGGUGACGACGACGACGACGACGACGAUGAUGACCACAACCUCGCAAUCGACCACCAGGCUGACCUCUCAAGCCGGCAUGGGUGGACUCGGCAACAGCCAAGGCUCGGACACAUCCGCGCACAGCUGAGUUUCGUCUCUGCAGCCGCAGCAUUCUUACUAAACGGAGAUCCUUCGAGAAUACCUCCCUCUCUCGUUUUCUCUCGCUCUCUCUCUCUCUCUCUUUCUUUCUAUUUCCCUCGUCCUAUCUUUGACUCUAUUAAAUCCUCAUUUCCUUGUACCAAGCGACGAUCUCAUCGUCUUAUUCUUUGAGACAAAAAAAAUCUCGACGAAACCAUCCUCCUUCACGACGGGUCCAAUCCUUUUACCGAUUGACGUUGCCUAUUCGCCUAAAUAAUGCAAAGGACGGAAGUGUUUCUAUCGAUUAAUCGAUUCCGAUCGAUCGAUCGACCUUGCGAGAGACGAGGGGACAUGGUUAUCGUCUAAGCGCGAACCGAUAAAGAGAUGGGAGGAAACUCGAAGCCGGUUUCUUCCAAUCCGUUGCUGCUGCUGCUGUUGCUGCUGUGUGCUGUGCUACUCUGCCCAACUUGCGUGCCUGAAAACUUUUUUUUCUUAUCGAUAUAAAUAUAUAUUCGACACAACACGGAAAUGCUCCAUCUUCUUAUAUAUCUCUCUAAUACCUCGAGUCGAGUACGCGCGGACGGGCACGAUACUGCGUGUGUUAUUAGCUCGAAUGGAUGAUUGUGCACAAGUGUUGCGUUGUGGAGGAAUACGUUUCCUUUCGAGUUCGACUCGCGCUGGCUCGAGAAACUUACAAAUUUGUACGCAUUCGUAUUACCUUUCUAUCCUCUAAAGUAUUUGAAAUAUAAUAUUUUUCUUGAAAAUUUUAUAGUCCUUUAAACGACGAUAAUUAAGCCUACGUUCAAUGAAAUAUAAUAUAUACCGGCUGAUGCGCAAAUUAUUCAAUAAAAAAGAAAAAAACAAGAAAAAAA